CUGUGACUGACGACAGAGGAGUCAGUUGAGUCAUCGCCGGCGCCAAGAAAGCAUCCCUGAGAACACGGAGUUUCGGUGUGUUUUUUUACCUGUUACAAGUGCGGUACAGUUGGACAUACCACAGCGUGAUGUAACAUGCAGUGCGGCUGUUUCUUGUGUUUUUCUCGCAUGACACAGAAAGUAUUCUUGCCCGGGUGGGUGUGACACUUACAACAAUCAUUUUGACUACGAACAAGUUGCAACAGAGAAAUGCAAUUCACUUAUCCAUACUCCUUCCGUGAAAUUGUUCAAACGACCGGAAAUGCAGUGCAACAGUACAAAGUGAUUUAUGAUAUUCAUUCCGGUCAGCAAUUUAAGUGAUUUCCCUUUUGCAACUGGAAUACAAUUUUGUUUUCGGGGGAGGGACGAAAACUCCUACGGAAAAUUUCCUCGUCCCAUGGUCAAGAAUUUCUGCUUCGAGAAGCAUUUCCAUUGUGUUUUUAGUGCUGUGACAGAGAUAAUUCAACAUUGAAUGAUAUAUACAGUGUACUAAAAUACUCUCGAGAAAGAUUAAAGGUCUUUUUACCUUGUAGUGUUUUGCUUAAUCCUCAACAAAAGAGCUUCUGCAAAUUUCUCUGAAGACUGGCAAAGACUUCAUUUGUCCCCUAUUAUGGAUAUUUCCGCAUCUUGGAGGAAAAUCGAGGGGAGUUAGAGGUGAUAACAACAGUGUUUAACAGCAGUGGGAGUCUCGAUUUUUGUCUCUGAAAGACACUGAACAGAAAACCACCGAAAUGCUGUCUGAAGUGGGACAAUGCCUGAUCGUACUGAUGCUACUUUUCAAUACAGAUGCCAAUCCUACUGAAAGCCGCCCCGGCGACGAAGUGGAGGCUCACACAGGACCAUAUCUCAGUGAUCAUGAAAUCACAAAUGUGACUACACAGGUCGGUACACACGCGUAUCUGCCCUGCAAGUUGACAUUGCCUGGUCAAUUGCAGGUGAAACAAUUAGGCAACAAAUCCGUCUCAUGGGUCCGUGUCCGCGAUGACCACAUCCUCAGUGUGGACCGGAUGACUUUCAUCGCUGACGAACGCUUUCAGUCGCACUAUGUUGAGAGUACGAGCGUCUGGACGCUACAAAUCAAGUACGUUCAGGCACGCGAUGCCGGUGUGUACGAGUGCCAAGUCUCCACUGAGCCAAAGAUCAGUGCUCAAGUUCAUCUCAACGUUGUGGUACCGCGGACUGAAUUAGUGGGCGAUGCAGUUCGAUACGUGAAGGCAGGUAGCAAAGUUAUACUGAGAUGUUUAGUACGUGGAGCACUGGAGCCACCCUCGUAUAUCAUGUGGUUCUACGGCACCCAACAAAUCUACCAAGACAACAAGCGUGGCUUGAAAAUUCAGAUGGAACGUGAAUUCCUCGAUCCCGAAAUGGGCAAUCACACCACGGUGGGCUCUCUGAUUAUCAAUCCGGCACACAAACGUGAUUCAGGCAACUAUACAUGCAGCCCAUCCAGCAGUGAGGCCAUUACCAUAAUGCUGCAUGUCAUUAACGGUGAAUAUUCUGCAUCAGCUAUAACAUCAGCAUCCAGCAGGGGCAAAUACAGUGAUUUGAUUGCGGCGGCAAUCAUUAUAUCAGUGGCUAUGUUCAAGACGUGACAUCUUCUCGGAUUUACCGUGUGAAUCACCGUCUGCAUUUGAUAAAGUGAUACGUUUGGUUGUACAGUGGAUAGAUAAUUACCCACAGUAUUUCUCCUGUUAGCCACAUCCUGACCACAAGUUUCAACUGUGUUCAGUAUUUGCAGUCUUAACAUCUGGAUUACGAGUCUUUCGACAGGUGCUUCAGAAAUUUACGACAAAAACAUACUUGCGAUUACGGUGAGUGUUUGUGGCAAGCAGGAGGAAGCUAAAGAGCUGGAUAGAAGAGUUCUCAGAACUGCCUGGUGUCUAAGAAACACCAUGUUGUAUAAAAUACUAUCUAUUGUAUAUAAUGCAUAGACAAAAAAGUUAUAUAAUACAUGUACUAACACAAUUUAAUUCAGCAACAUAGAGAGGACUUUUUGGUUCGGAAAGACACAAAUCACAAUCUCCUGUGAAAUGGGAUACAUUAAAGUAUCUCUGAGGUGUUGCAUUUCAUUCCUCAUUCUCCAAAAUAACAUAUAACUCUCCUUCAAAAAAACUUACUGCAACCAAGGGGGUCAUAUCUGACAAUAUCGUAAAUCACAUUCUGCAAGUUAUUGAGAACAUUCCUCAGAAGAAUUUGUGACAAUCCUUUUUAAAUACGUAACUUAGAAAAUCAAAUUUCCCAGCGAGACCUUUUUAGCUUUUCAAGUAAAUUUCCAACAAAAAAUAGGCCACGCCUUCUCUAGUAAAUCUACUGAAAAAAGUAUAAAAUAAACUACGUCUCUAAUAUGAGUUGUGGAGAGAAAAGCUCAUUGUGUCUUCACUUUGUGAAACUAUGUGCUUUAAAUAAAGAAAAAGAAACAAGUAGAAAUGGAUAUAGUUUUAGACCACGCCUACUUCAGGAACAACGUUGUAGAAGAGGAUGUAAGAGUAAUUUUAGGCCACACCUUCUUCAGACACCACGUCCAACAAUUUUUUUUUAAAUCUGAAAUAACGUGGUACUACUCUAUUGAUAAAACUCGAAAUCACUUGUUUUCUUGAAAGAAAAUAAACCACGCCCUAAUAAAAAUUGUGCGAGAAACGAAUAAUGUUCGUUUUGCAGUAUGAUUUACAAGUUUUCCACAUUUUUCUUCCAAGAACGUACUUCCAAGAAUAUAGCGCAACAGUAGAAAAACAGUAGGUUUAGGUUGGGUACAAUUAAAUGAAAUGGACGUGGUUUAUAGGGUGUAGGAUUAUCACUGAUUUUCCUUUGCUUUUUCAUAAAAUUUUGGGGUUUUAAAUCAAAUUUAGCUAUUUUUUAAUAAACGAAAUCAGAAGCCGGAUUAAGAUUUAAGAUUUGUUUAUGGAUCGGUUAUGCCCUAGAAAUACUUACGACUUUAGCCGAGAAACGACUUAGUGGAACAUGAAAUUAUUCAAUCCCCAUUCUUCUGUUCUAUUUUAAUCUCUAAGGCGAAUUGGACACUAAUACAACAGCUGAAAAAUCCUCAGCUUCUUAGUGUCGAACCAAAGACCUAACAGUCAUAGAUACACUAUUCUAUCGACUGAUCCACUGAGGCCCCAGGAGCCGGAUUACUGGGAAAUAUUAACAAAUUUAGAAGCAUGGCUUACGUCAUUGAUAAAUAGGAGAAAAGGUCAAUUUUAAAGCUACCCAAAAACACAGGUACCCUAGUUUUCUCUACUAGGCUAUUUCUGGCAUUUUGCACACAAACUUGUUGUCUACAAUGUUUGACGAAAACUGACCGUUUAGAUGGUUAAUUUAUUAACCGGACGGAACUCCAACUCAGAACUAUGAGAGUCGAGUCAAGGGUCAUACCGCUCAAGAGCCGAACGCUCUUAUCGAUUGCACCAUCGACCUUUUUUUACAAUUAAUAAGUGUAGGAAAUAUUCGGCUACACCGUCGUAAAAGGGCGUGGCUUUUCCAUUUUUGUUAGAAUUUACUUUAAAAGCUAUUUUGCCGUAAAUAAAUUUAUUACUCUUUUUUUUUUAAUAAAAUGGAAAAGGAUUGCAAAAAGUUACGAAUUUACUGAAACUCAACAGAAAAUAUCGCAGGUGAUAAAAUUUUUGACUGAGAUAUGUCCCCCUUGAGUGCAAGUUUCGAGGAAUAAAGUGCUAACAUCGUGUCCUAUCAUUAUAAUAAAUGGUUCAACGGUGAUGACAUCAGUACACGGAAGCUCCUGACUAUUUUGCCCCUAUCUUUCCCGGGAGCUUUUAAAAUGCUGAAACAUCGUGCUGAUGCACCAAAAGCCCCUCGAUGAAUCUGAUGAAUCAUUGUGCAGAACAGAUUGCAAGGUGAAUUUUCUAAUGUUUUGGACAUGUUAAAAAGACAUUUUCAUCAUUACCCCCCAAAAUUGUACUGAAUUACCCAAUACACAAUGAAAAAAAAAACACUCAUGAAAGUUUAACUGGAUACAAUCCAAAAAUAAAUAACUAAGAUUUGUAAAUAAAGUGACAAGAAAUAUC